GGGAGUUGGUAAAUUUAUAUAAAGGCAUUCAAGCUCAAAGAAACUUUUUCCCAGAUCCCACUCUUAACAAACUCUUGAAGAUUUUGUACUACUUUCUCAACUUCUUUAUCUUUCUCUUCUCUUGAGCUCACAAGUGUAUUGCAUACUCCCUGAUCAUCAUCCAAGCGAUAGCCUAAAACAACCACCCAUACCACAAAGGCAGUGAAACCAAAUAAAGUUACUAUAGCACCCUCUUUUACGUGUCACAAAAUAAGAUAUAUACUUCUCCUUUUUCCGAUUGACAAGCCACCGCCACUCAUUUUUUCCACACAUUCAUUCCAGUGAAUUCUAACUCCUAGACUCGCCUCCUGCGCAGUCAACAGCUCUCGACAUCUCCUUUUCUUUUAAUUUUCAAACUGUCUUCAUUUGAUCCAUUCUCUCCUCCCCUCUCCUGGAGCAGUGACAAGGAAUCACCAAAGAAUAACUCGUCAUACUUCAGAAUGUCAAACCGAUAUAGUAAUCUAGAACCCAACGGUAGACCGACGAAGGCCGCCAAACCCAACAAGAAAUGGACUUGGAUCAGCAUAGCCAUUGUCUUAGCACUCUGUGCGAUUGUCAUCCCUGUCGUUGUCGUCCUUUUCAAUCGGGAUCAUUCUAAUACCCGAGCAUCCUCCCGAUCUUCAUCUUCAACCAACAAGAACUUGUCUAAUUCUACUAGUACUAGUACAUUGAAGUUGGCACCUAAGAAGAAAUGGAACUUUUCUAAUGACAAGUUGAUCGGACUUAAUUUAGGAAAUUGGUUGAUCCUUGAGAGAUGGAUGAAUGAAGACUGGUUUACUGAUAAUGCUGGUCCUCAUAGUUGGGAUGAAUGGGACUUCACUACUGCUCUCGGUCCCAAAGCUGUUGACGUUCUCGAAGAACAUUGGUCGACUUGGGUCACAGAAGCGGAUGUCGAACGUGCUUAUCAAGCAGGUAUCAAUACUUUCAGGGUUCCCGUUCCGUUCUGGAUGUGGAUUCCUACUACUGGCUCUGAACCUUACUUAGCCGGACGACAAAUGGCUCAUUUUGAAAGACUUUGUUCAUACGCUUAUGCUCGUGAUAUGUACAUCAUCAUCGAUCUUCAUGGAUUACCCGGCUCUCAAAAUGGCGAACAACAAUCUGGAAGGAACACUACUAGUCCUACAUUCUGGCAACCUUUGCAACAGGCUAGAUCAGAUCAAACAGUCAAAGCUGUUGUAGAUUGGCUAGCACAAUCGCCUUACGCUAGUAUCAUCAGUGCUAUUGAAGCUGUGAAUGAACCUAGACCUUAUACUCCUUCACAACUCGCCAUGCUUCGAUCAUACUAUGAGCGAACUUACAAAACUAUCCAAACUCUUGGUGCAAAUGCACCUGCCAUGAUGUUUGCAGAUGGAUUCGUCAAAGGAGAUAAAUUCUCAUAUUGGUACGAUUUUGCUAAAUCACAUCAAACCGAUCCACCUAGUUUGAUCUUCACAGAUCAUCCUUAUCCUGGUUAUUUCCCAGCUCAAAAUAAUACCAGAGACAUCUUUAAUCAAACUUGUACAGAUGCUGCAAAAUAUAUCAAUUUCCCUGUACCUACUGCUAUUACUGAAUGGAGUUUAAGAACCGGUAUUCAAAAUUCUACAUUCGAAAAAGAGUAUUAUUCUUAUCAACUUACUGCUUGGACUUGGUUCGCUGGAUCCUGUUUCUGGUCUAUUCGGGCAUUAGAUUCAAAGAUCUCAGUCUUAGCCGAUCCAGUAGCUCAAUACCAAUGGUCAUUUGAAUCACUCUUAGCCAGAGGAUCGAUUCCAACUCCCAACAUCAAUGGAACAACCAAAGAUACCAAAGCGAUCACCACCCAAUUCAUCACCGAUCUCGGUACCCCUUGUGGACCUGCUCCCGCGUUAAAUUCAGGAGCCGGGAUCCCACAAACUGCUGCAGCUGCAGCUGCUGUAACUGCUGCUCAAGAAGCUGAAGCUUUGAUACCCAAAUUAGAAGCUGAUGAAUUAGCCGCUGCUAAGAGUUUUGGAUUAGUUGGUAUCGGAUCUGAUGCUGUGAUGGUCUCUGCUAAAUCAAAAUGAAUUAUAUAAUGUAAUUUUUUUCAUCUUCAUCUUCAAUUGAAUCUCGGGAAGUUUUUUUUUUGGUUUUGGUUUUGGUAAUCAUGAGGGAUUUGAUUGGACAUUCGUAUUGAGUUGAGCUAUUGGUAUUCGUAGUGAUGUCUUUCUUUAUCUUAUCGUUCACUUUGACCUCUUUCUCUCUGUUAACUUUGAGUACUGAAAUGUUGAGUACUAAUAGGUUGCAAAAAUAAUAAGACAAAAAAAUCCAACUCUCAUGACGUGUCC